AUGGCUGGCCUGAAUGUUUCCUUUGCCUUCUUUGUCUCAAUAGUGGCCAUUUGCGAGGUGGUCAGACAGAUUUCCAAGAGAUUUAUACCUCUUGGAGUGUAUCGCUGUCUUGCUGAAGAACUGGCCAGCUCAUUACAGUUGUGCACUUGCUGCCUUGAACUGAGGAUGCUGGUGGAGCUUGGUCCAUGGGGUGGUGGAUUUGGCCCUGAUGUGACACUAACCCUCCUCUUCCUUCUCUUUUUGGUUCAUGGUUUCUCUUUUGGUGGGGCUUCUGGAAAUCCCAUGGUCUCUCUCCAAGAAUUCCUGAUCAUGGAGUCUUCCUUCAUGGCUACCACUGUGAAAAUUUUGGCUCAGUUUGCAGGCAUGGAGGCAGGUAGGAUUUUCACCAAGCUUCUCUGGUCCUGGGAGCUGACAGAUUUGCACCUCAUUCAGAAUCUGAUGGCUUUUGACUGCAGUUCCUCCAUCCAGACCUCUUUGUCCCAAGGCAUCUAUGUGGAAGGCGGGUGCUCUUUCUUUUUCCACCUUGUGGCACUCAAGUUCCAGCACAACCAUGUGCUGUACAGAGUCCCCGUUGUGGCCCUGCUGGUGACUGUUCUGGCUUACACAGCUGGGCUUUCCACAGGAGCCUUUUACAACCCUGCCCUCGCCACAGCUGUUACCUUUCACUGCUCUGGGAACACCUUGCAAGAGUACAUCCAGGUUUACUGGCUUGGGCCCCUCACAGGGAUGCUUAUAGCCCUGCUCCUGUUCCAGGGGAACAUCCCAAGGCUCUUCCAGAAAAAUCUGCUUUACAACCAGAGAAGCAAAUACAAGACCCCCAAGGUGAAGGCAGUAUCUGUGCCUGCAGCUGUGGUCAAACAGAUAGGAGAAAGCAGCCAAGAAGAGCAGCAGCGAGCACGCCCAAGAGCUGAGUGA